CUUUGAGGACACGCCCACGCCCACGCCUACACCCACUCCCGCCGCACAAGGACACCAUUGCCAUCAUGUCGCGCGGCCAUGAGACGGGCAUGGACUUCGAGUGGCAGAACAGGACGGGCCAGAUUGACGUGCGCUCGCCCUUUGCACAAGUGAGCCAGAACGCGCAGCGCUUUGGCACGAGCACGCCGAGCAAGCAGCGAAACAACAGCGCCUUUAGCUCGCCGUUCAAGAGCACCGCCAACCUCCAAAACUCGCCUACUCGCAAGCCGCUCCCUCCACCACCCGUGUCCGCCUUCAAUGGGCUCUUCAGUACGCCUCGCAAAUUGAACAACGACUACGACGAUUCCAGCGCAGGAGAAACACCCAAAUCGCCGGAACGAAGCGACAACGACGCUACCCCCGAUCACAGCAGAGCAAACCGCCUGCGAGUCGCAAAGAACAACUUCGAGACGUCCACGCUGCCAACCAUGGCGCUCACCGAGCGUGGCAGCCCAACGAAAGAGCAGUCGCGACCGGAGAUUAUACGGCGAGAAAGCUGGCUUGGAGAACUCUCCGCCAAGGUCAAGCGCAAGCUUCACAGUCCCGGGCGAGGCGAGAUUCAUCGAUCAGACCACUCGACCGCCGUGGAGAAGCGGCGGUCCAAGAAGAAGCGCGACCAAGUACUGGCCCGCAGUGCUUCCAAAAGAAGAAGGCAUAGUGUGUCUGACUCUGGAGAAGACAGCGAGCGACCGGUCAAGGGCGCACCGAGGGCAGCGAGUAGACAUCAAAACGAUGACAUGCAUAAUCCGCCGCAGAGACACUGGCUGUCAAGGACUUUCUCAUUCAUCGCCGAACACCCCACUGUCCCGAACAUCCUUUCCUUCUACGCUCAGCUCUUCUUCAACGUCUUCCUGCUGGCAGGUUGCGUCUAUCUCAUUUAUUGCUUCUGGUCGGCAGUCCAAGGAGACAUCGACAAGAAAUCACACGAAGCUAUGGCCGAUAUCAUGGCUGAAAUGGCCGAGUGCGCUCGUCAAUAUACAACCAACAACUGCGAUCCUAAAAUACGCGUGCCCGCUCUGACCAACGUCUGCGAGGGCUGGUCCAAGUGCAUGAAUCGCGACGCAUCCAAAGUCGGCCGCGCCAAAGUCAGCGCACACACCUUUGCAGAAAUCUUCAAUUCUUUUGUCGAACCGAUCAGUUGGAAAGCAAUGGCUUUCACAUUUUUGUUGGUCUUUGGAUGCUUUGCCUCCGGCAACCUCGCCUUUGGUUUCUUCCGAGAUAAGACGAACCAAGCAGCGCAGUAUCCGCCACCACAAUACUACCCACCUCCGCCGACCCCGCAGAGGAUGCCUUCGGGGCAGCAGCAGCAGCAGCAGUACUUUGGUACACCUUGGCAGCAUUUUGAGCAAUUGGAACCGAAACCAAGUGGGUUACCGCAGCAGCAGCAUCUGUUACUUGAGGCUGGGCAGCAUGGUAGUCCACAGAGAAGCCCUCAAAGGGGUGGCGGUGCAGUGAGAAAAUUGCAGUACGAAUAACAAAAAACAGAUGAAAUGAUUUCUUUUU